UAGCUGCCCUAGAGACCAGAGAGCUAGGGAGAGCGCGCCCCUUCCCCCGCCCCGUCCGGCAGCCAAGCCUGGCUUAAAAACCUUCGCCACCGGGCGGCGGAAUUACAAAGGAGGCCGUCUGCCUCCUUUGUCCUGGAUUUGAGAGUUGAGCGCCUUCGUCGCCAUGAGCUUUCCUCCCCCAGCUCCAGCCUCUCUCAUCUUGGGAACCUGCGUCAGAAGCCGCUCGCAGUCCCGCCAGCCCAGAACAAGAAGUAAAGAAGGCUCCCAGCAAUUUUGAGAGCUUGCAAAAACAGCUUGCAAGGAAAAUGAAGCUCCCUAUUUUCAUAGCAGAUGCCUUCACAGCAAGAGCAUUUUGUGGGAAUCCUGCUGCUGUUUGCCUCCUAGAAAAUAAUUUGGAUGAAGAUGUGCAUCAGCAAAUUGCAAGGGAAAUGAACCUCUCUGAAACUGCUUUUAUCCGAAAACUGCACCCAACAGACAACUUUACACAAAGCUCCUGCUUUGGACUUAGGUGGUUUACUCCGGCAAGUGAGGUCCCGCUCUGUGGCCACGCCACCCUGGCUUCCGCGGCUGUGCUGUUCCAUAAAAUAAAAAACGUGAAUAGCAUUCUAACCUUUGUCACUCUGAGUGGAGAACUGAAGGCCAGAAAAGAAGAGGAUGGCAUCGUCCUGGACUUGCCUCUGUAUCCAGCCCACCCCCAGGACUUCCAUGAAGUAGAGAACUUGAUAAAGACUGCCAUAGGUGACACACUGGUUCAGGACAUCCGCUAUUCUCCAGAUACACGAAAGCUCCUCGUCCGGCUCAGUGACACCUAUGACAGGUCAUUUCUGGAGAAUCUGAAAGUAAGCACAAAUAAUCUGGUGCAAGUUGAAAACACAGGGAAGGUGAGAGGACUCAUUCUCACUCUUAAAGGAGAGCCUGAUGGACAGACUCGAGCAUUCGACUUUUACUCCAGAUACUUUGCGCCAUGGGUUGGUGUGGCUGAGGACCCUGUAACAGGGUCUGCACAUACUGUUCUCAGCAGCUACUGGUCCCAGCAGCUGGGGAAGAAAGAAAUGCAUGCCUUUCAGUGCUCCCACCGAGGAGGAGAGCUGAAGAUUUCACUGCGUCCAGAUGGACGUGUUGAUGUUAGUGGAGGUACUGCCAUUGUUUUAGAGGGCACGCUGACAGCCUAGAGAUGGAUGUGCUGUGAUGCUGCUGAUUCUACGACAAAGUGUUUUCCACAUAAAAAGAAAUGUAAGGGGCUGUCUUUAACAAAUUUGUAGAGUAGUCCACUUAUGUUAAAAAUUGAAAAAUGAAGACUGGUUAAUGGAGAUUUAGUAAUGCUUCCAAACUAAUGAGCUAAUGGAGUUUUGGCUCCACCCAUGAGUAUAUCUGAAAUGUAAUUAUCCAAUAACAAAGAAUAAUGCUGUCACUUAAUUUAAUUAUAACUACCAAUCAGAGAAGGAGGAAUACAUUUCUAAGGAGUGAGAGUAAACCACUUACACUUGUGAGUACCUGAUAGAAUAUUUUGCAGCAAUUAAAAUGAUCCAAUAACUAUGUGAUAAUAUAGGAAAAUAUUUCAUGACAUAAUACUAAGAAAAAAAUAUACAGCAGGCCAUUAAAUGUUAGCAACAUUAUGCUAUGUCUAAAGGAGCUUCUGAAUUUAUAUGAACAAGUGUGAGCCAUGAAGUUUUCAAAAUGAAAAUAGUUCACACGAAGGGGACAAGACUGGGAGUAAUUUUAACAUAACUAAAAAUUAUUUCCUUUAUUGUUGCACUCAUAUGCAGUAACUAAAAAUCAGGACAAAAUCCAGAAAAGCAAGACCAAAAAGUGUGUAUUAGGCUACUUUGUAGUAAUAAAACUAAACACCAAGAGUAAUAUACCUCUGAAUGUUUUCCUUGAUAUAUGGCUUUAGAGUGAUAAUGGAUUCUUCUCUUACCUUAAUAAAAUGGGUCUUAACAUUAAAUUCAGUUACAUUUAUAAUAUUGAAUACCCUUAGGUGACUUUGGGGUGGGAACGUUUUCAAGUCAUUAAGAGUUAUUUGUUUAAGGUGAUCUCAUUGACGACAAUUUUUUUUUUUUUUUAGAUUAGAAAAUACAGUUUAUUUUAAAAGUAAAUUAGAGAGGGAAAAAAAAGAUUC